GUCUUCCUUUGCUUGUGCGAUGAUUUUUCUUGUUGACUAGAGUGUCAAUGGGCCAGUUCGAUUUGGGUCUUCAUUUAUACCCCAAUCCGAUUCGGACAUUAAGGAUUUUGUGACCCGACCCACGUAGUACCCAAACCAAAUAUGGUCGGGUUGUCCUUUUUCAUAGAUCUGCGUUACUCGUGGAGGAGCCAAUUUCUGCGGGGUUCACAUCCCCAUUCGACCAAUCAACAGGCACGCUUGGUAGCUCCUUAUCAGUUUUCUCGACCUUAGAUACAACGUGAAACGUGUUGAGCGACAGCUCCAACAACUUCCUCGCAGAUGCGGCCUCCGACCGGUGCUUCAAACCAUUGCGCAGAGCCACGAGCGAUCGCUUCUCUCUUACUCUGAAUCAUUCGAUCUUGUCCCUCCGCUCCAACAGCGGAGCUCGCAUCCACAUAAUGGCAGCGUAAACGUAGACGAGCUUGACAAAUUCAUUGUAGACACGAUUGAUGACGUCGAUGAAACUCGAGCUCAAAUUGGAUUAGUAAAUACCACUUUCUCUAAUUGCUUUGGUUUCGAAACAAGCUCCAUAUUGCAUUUUGAAGUUAUGACCGAAACCGAACCACAUUAUCAUAAGCCCGUUGUUUUACUUACUACCAAUUUCGGGUCAUUUUGAGAUCGGGUUUUCAUUUGGUUUGAACGUUUUUCUUUUUACAUCUCUACUACUAAAAAUGCUGUCUCAGGAUGCCUGGUUGUUUCAUUUUAAUCAUGAGACCAAAUUUCAUUUGCAUCUCAAAUAACCCGGGAAAAACUCGGUUGGUUAUGAGUGUCGAUAAUUUUUAGCUGAGGAAUGGAGGUUACAUGUUCAAAUCCCACCUAACAUAGCCACCUGCAAAUGCUAAAGACUAGAGUUAACUAAUCAUGAGAUUUGUAGAGUAUUCCAUGAAUGUUCAGGUAGCCGGUUUCCACAUCCAUGCCCUAAAUUUAAAAGAAAAAAUUUGCAUCUUGAAACAGUCCCUAUAAACAAAGUAGUUCUGGAUUUGAUUGCGGUUUUCAAGCUGUUCGUUACACCUAAAUGCCUUUGUUUUUCCCCUCAUUUAGAAGCUUAAUAGGAAGUUUGUGCGUGUAAGUUUUGGAUUAGUUUUAAAGAGAUUAAUACAUGAUUUUGAGGACAGAUUAGUGAAAAUGCCCUACUUGCACUCAAAAUUAAUUGUUCUUGUACCACCUGCACUUGAUAGACUCUUUAUCACGUGGUAGAAUUCGGCCAACUUCCUUUUUUGUUCAUAUUUGAGGCACUGAAGGAGGCAUCACUUUCGUGACUAUUCAUUACCUUUUGGAAGGGUAGUAGUUAGGAACACAGAAGAAAAAAGACAAGACAAGACUCUUACUUUUUGUUUGGAAAGGACAGAAUGGAUAUGAAAUAAAUGAAGGGGAAGAACUGGGUGAAAAUUUGGGAUUUUCUCUUGUUUGGGAAAGGAUAGGAAAGUUGGGAGAAGAAUGGGAGGGAGCACCUAAUUUGGUUCUCUAUCCUCCUCCUCAUCCAACCUCAGUUCGGCGACUUCACCAGCUGUCAUAAUGCUCCAUCAGAAUCCGGUCGUGUCCGAUGCACUUGCUACAGCCGUGUCCAGCGGCAUCGCUCUCUCGGUUCUCUGGCUGUUUGAAGAAACAGCUAACCUAGGCCUCUUUGAUCAGAAACUUAACUGGAAACUUCUGCAUGUAAGCUUCGGAUUAGUUUUCAUGCUUUGCUGGCCAUUGUUCAGUUCUGGGCAUCGAGGUGCGCUGUUAGCUGCUACAAUUCCGGGGGUUAACAUCAUACGCAUGCUUCUUGUGGGAUCUGGUAUUUGGAAAGAUGAAGCGACAGUGAAGUCUAUGAGCAGAUUCGGGCAACACCGGGAACUUCUUGAAGGGCCGCUAUACUAUGCUCUCACAAUUACAUUCGCUUGUGCAUAUUACUGGAGGACUUCGCCAAUAGCAAUUGCAGCAAUAUGCAACCUCUGCGCUGGAGAUGGUUUUGCAGACAUUAUUGGAAGGCGGCUUGGCCAACAUAAAAUUCCUUACAACCGCAACAAAUCGUUAGCUGGUAGCAUUGCAAUGGGCUGUGCUGGGUUCUUAGCGUCUCUCGGGUUUAUGUCCUAUUUUUCUUCAUUUGGUUAUAUCCGAGGAAGUUGGGAGAUGGUUUCGGGUUUCUUGAUGGUGUCUCUGGCUUCUGCACUGGUGGAAUCACAUUCUCUGAGCUCUCAGCUUGACGACAAUCUCACGGUUCCCUUAACCUGUGCAUUGCUGGGGAGCCUUGUUUUUUAGGUAGUUUAACAUUCAUUAUAACCGUUUCUUUUCAAGGAAAAAGAAAGCACAAUCGUCGGUGUAAAGAUAAUAGAAUUUUGUGUUGGAAUUUGGAAUGCAUUUUGAUAUGAAUGCGAGCGCAUGGAUGUUUGUGGGACAA